AUGUUCAACUUCAAGGGAAAGAUCGAACAUGCUCAGGACGAGUUCGUGACGGACGCCAGCAUCAGCCGGGCCCGCGACUUUGUUGUCUCAGGGGCACCCAAGCUGCCUUCCGCCGCGGGCGUCUACCUCCUCGAAAAGGUCCCAAUCGUCCAGUGGCUGCCGAAAUACCAGCCCAAAUGGCUCAUCACGGACUUCAUCGCCGGUCUGACCGUCGGUGUGAUGCUCAUUCCGCAGUCUCUGGCCUACGCCAAGAUUGCAACUAUUCCCAUCGCCAACGGUCUGUACUCAAGUUGGCUCCCAGCUGCCUUUGCGGUGAUUAUGGGAACCUCAAAAGAUCUCUCAACCGGUCCAACCUCCAUUUUGGGUCUCCUGACUGCGGAAAUCGUACACGACCUCAGCGAAGAAGGCUUUGAUAUCACCAAGAUUGCCACAUCCGUCUCCCUCUUUGUCGGAGUCUACUCCCUCAUCAUUGGUCUCUUCGGCCUCGGUUUCCUCCUCGACUACGUCUCAUUCCCGGUUCUCACAGGCUUCAUCUCAGCCGCAGCUCUUGUCAUUGCCUUUGGCCAGGUAGGCUCUCUCGUUGGACUGUCCAACGUGCCGUCAGGAGUUUUCAACGUCAUUGGCGACGUUUUGAAGCGUCUUCCUGACUGGGAUGGACCGACCUGCGGCGUUGGUCUCGGAACUCUCAUCAUCCUCAUAGGUCUAGAGAAGGUCGGCAAGAAAUGGGGCAAGAGGCACUUCGCCAUCAAGCUCCUCGCCAACUCCCGUGCCGUCAUCGUGCUCGUCAUCUUCACGCUCAUCAGCUACCUCGUCAACCGCGGCCGCGACAAGGCUGACUACGCCUGGAAGGUCAGCCAGGUUAGCACCCACGGCAUCGCAAGACCCCAUGUCCCUGAGUCAAGUCUUGUUGCGAAGGUGGCGACGAGAGCCGUGGCGCCCCUUGUGGCCAGCACUCUCGAGCACUUGGCCGUCGGCAAGGCUUUUGGCAGGAAGAACAACUACCAGAUCGACCAGAGCCAGGAGUUGAACUAUCUUGGUGUCGUCAACAUCGCCAACAGCUUCUUCAGCACGAUGCCCGUCGGUGGCGCCAUGUCCCGUACCGCCGUCGCAUCUGAGUGUGGUGUCAAGAGUCCCCUCAACGGACUGUUCACGGCUGGCUUCAUCCUUCUGACUCUUUAUGUCCUCUCCCCGGCUCUGUACUGGCUUCCUUCCACGACCCUGUCUGCCAUUAUUAUCAUGGCUGUUGUCCAUCUUUUCGGCCCCCUGUCACUCUUCUACCGCUUCUGGCGCAUUUCCUUUGCCGAUUUCGUCGCCUCCAUGAUUUCCUUCUGGGUCACCAUCUUCGUCAGUGCCGAGAUCGGCAUCGGUGUCGCCGUCGCCUGGUCUGUUGCGUGGACAAUGCUGCGUUCAACAUUCGUCAAGCCCGUCAUCCACUCCAGCUCCAACGAAAUCACCACUUCCAUCCCGCAGCCCAUCACCCGCAUCACUGCCAGCGGUCCCCGUCGCGGCAGCGCUCCCGCCACGGGCACCCAGACCGAGAACACGGGCAUCUCAAUCCCCGGCGACACCAUCGUCGUGGACUUCAACGACGCCGUAUUCUUCCCUAACGCCGAGCGCGCCAAGAACACGACUCUGACUGCGAUCAAGCUGGUGUACCCCCGCGUCGAAAGCAGUCUCAGCCAAGACGACCGUGACAGGCAUUGGAGCGUGGCGGCGGAGAAGCGGCUCGAGAGACUGCGCGCGCAGAAGCAGGUCCGCCUCAAAGAGACACCGCUUGCCGUUGUUGUAUGGGACUUUACGAUGGUGCCCUUCAUCGACACCUCUGGUAUUCUGACGCUGAAGGAAUUGAAGGACGAGAUUCGCGUGCACUCCGGCAAGAGUGUGCAGAUUCGUAUGGUGGGCAUGUCGGACAAGGUUCGGAACCGGUUCUGGAGAGCGAAGUGGAACUUGGUUGAUUUGGAGGAGUGGCGAGAGGAGGACGCCGACCUGGUGUACCCGUCCAUGGAGUCGGCGAUCUGGGAUCGUGACAGCGAGUCGGGUGCUGAUGCCUCAAGCGAGAAGAAGGGAUAA